CAGAGCCUGGGACUGACUCUAGAGCUUCUCCAGGCUUCACUUCUCACUGGUACCUGCUUCUGGAAAUAUUGUCACUACCUUUUUGAAUUUGGAGCUGUUUGCACUCACAGCUGUUUGGAACAUUGGAACAGAAUAAUGGAUCUCACCACUUUUUACUUCCUGACCACUACUUUGGUUUUGAUAGUGGAGCAUGAAGGUAAAGACUUUUCUCCCAUUCUGAUAUGGCAGCAUUUUAAAAAAUGAUUUUGUGAUUAUUGAGACUGUAUGAGAAUCUUGCACUUUUUGUUUCAACUGGCAUAAAGUGUGCUUUACUAUCCUGUGGGGUAUACUUCACCUAAGCUGUGGUUUAAUAGAGACAACAUGUAGUAAGUAGGUGAUCGCGAGCCCUUAUGUUAGCCGUGCCUGUGAGCAGAUGCCUGGAUCAACUGUCAGCUUUAACUGUGUGCUUUUAUCUCUGUUUGUUUUGAUAUGUUAUUCAAAGGAGCAGUGUGUUAAAUGGAUUUACUUGGGAACAAAAAAGCCUAUUUUAUAUUAUUUUUAUACAGUUGUUAUGAAGGAGAUGUCCAUAUCCCCUGCUCAAGAGUCACAAUAUUCUGUAUGAGAUUAGAGAGAAACUGUUAGCAUAAGAAUGACCUCUGAUUUAAUCUUUGCUGUUGAUGUUGUGAACUGAUAAAAUGUUUGUGCAAAUGUCGAAUGAGGAGAGUGUUAUGUGUUACAAAUUUCAAAACAUGGUCCCGCGUCGUUCAGUUGGUAGAGCAUGGUGCUUGCAAUGCCAGGGUUGUGGGUUCGAUUCCCACGGGGGACCAGUACAAAACAUGUGUAAAAAUGUAUGCACUCACUACUGUAAGUCGCUCUGGAUAAGAGCGUCUGCUAAAUGACAAAAAUGUAAAAACAGGAAAAAACUUAAACUGAACCCAAUGGAUGAAAUGUACUUUAAACUACAGUAUUAGCAAAGCAGCAUCCCACUUUUCAACUUUAGAAUGAUAUUAUACUGUAUAUGUACAUGUAAAGGGAAGAAGAGGGGAGAAAUGUGGAGAUUCUGAGGCCUCUACUCUUGAGGCCCAUGUCCUGGAGCAUAAGAGUUAGAUGCCAGCUAAUGUAAACCACAGUGUUCUGAUUUAUUUUCCAACCUGGCAUUUUAACUUCAAAGAACACCUUAACUCCUCCACAUUCCAAUGGGCAACCCCUUCAAUUUCCCUAUAGCACUUCCCCAGGUUGUUGCUUUAUCAAUUUACCUGGUAAGAUAAGGUAAAGUCAAUUAAUAAAAUGGAUCACAGAUAAGCCAUCAAUCACAACUUCCACAUUUCUCAUUACAUUAAAUUUAACUUUAAUCUAACAUAUCCUGAACAGGAUUACAUUUAUCAACCAAACAAAAUGUGAUCGUGUGACCUGCUAGUAUUGGUCUGCAGGAAAUUCUAAAUGAGUGUGUUUUUGAUACAUGAAGAAUCCUAAACCACUCUGCCGUUGUGGUAGCCAGACAUCUGAUGCUUAUUACAAGGGGUUGAAAAAUAUCCAUAUUCUUUUCAAUCAGAGGGAAAAUUCCAAAACACCUAGCUACGUACUCCUCGAUCGAAGAAGGACAAAACUGAUCAAUUCAGGUCAGGACACAAACAAAAGUAAGAGGUAACUAUCUAGAGAUAAAUACUCUCUAUAGAUAUGUACUAUUUCUAUAGAUAUCUCGAGAUUGGUAAUAUCUCUAGAUCAAAAGAUACAAUGCAACAGGUGUUCACAAUGGGGCUGUUACAUCACAUCAUGCAGUGCUUUUGAGGAAUUUGGACUACUCAUUCAGCCUAAUAUAAAAAAUAUAUUGCUCUUUUGGUCUGAAUAUUUCUAAGCCAUGUGUUGCUAUCCAUGUGUGCUGCACAUUCCCUUAGGAACCACAGAACAUAAGUCAGUUCUAUAACAGUGACCCCCAGGCAACACCCCACCUCAGUGUAGAGGGCUUUAGCUGCAGGAAACAGGGAUUCAGCUCUGGUGGUUGGCUGAAAUGAAUAAAAUGGCUUACAAAUAAGCCAUCAAUUAAAACAUGUAAUUUCUCAUUACAUGGAAUUGAACUUUUUGUUUAAUCUAACAUAUACUCAAUAGGAAAACAUUUAUCAACCAAACAACAUUUUAUUGUGACUUGUUAUUGGUCUGCAGGACAUUCGAAAUGAGUGUGUUUUUGAUACACUGAGUAUUUGUCAUCCAUGAAGAAUCCUAAACCACUCUGCCGUUGUGGUAGCCAGACAUCUGAUGCUUAUUACAAGGGGUUGACAAAUAGCCAUCUUUUUUUAAAUCUGAGGGAAAAAUACAAAACACCUAGCUAUGUACUCCUUGAUCAAAGAAGGACAAAAUGUAUACAUUUAGGUCAGGACACAAACAAAACAAACAAAAGUAAGGGUUAACUAUCUAGAGAUAAGCACUCUUUCUAUCUCGAUAUCUCUAAAUCAGAAGAUACAAUGCAACAGGUGUUCACACUGGGGCUGUUUUUACAUCAUUUACAUAAGUAUUCACACCACAGAGUCAAUACUUUGUAGAAGCAUCUUUGGCAGCGAUUACAGCCGUGAGUCUUUCUGUUCAUGGCUCUAAGAGCUUUCCACACCUGGAUUGUGCAACAUUUGGCCAUUAUUAUAUUCAAAAUUCUUCAAGCUUUGUGAAAUUGGUUGUUGAUCAUUGCUAGACAACCAUUUUCAGGUCUUGACAUAUAUUUUCAAGUAGAUUUAAGUCAAAACUGCAAUUCGGCCACUCAGGAACAUUCACUGUCUUCUUGGUAAGCAACUUCAGUGUAUAUUUGGCCUUGUGUUUUAGGUUAUUGUCCUGCUUAAAGGUGAGUUCAUCUCCCAGUGUCUGGUGGAAAGCAGACUAAACCAGGUUUUCCUCUAGGAUUUUGCCUGUGCUUAGCUCCAUUCUGUUUAUUUUUAAUCCUGAAAACUCCCCAGUCCUUAACGAUUACAAGCAUACCCAUAACAUGAUGCGGCCACCACUAUGCUUGAAAAUAUGGAGAAUGAUACUCAGUAAUGUGUUGUAUUGAAUUUUCGCCAAAAAUAUAACACUUUGUAUUCAGGGCAAAAAGUGAAUUGCUAUGCCACAUUUUUUUGCAGUAUUACCUUAGUGCUUUGUUGCAAACAGGACGCAUGUUUUGGAAUAUUUUAUUUUGUACAGGUUUUCUUCUUUUCACUCUGUCAGUUAGGUUAGUAUUGUGGAGUAACUACAAUGUUGUUGAUCCAUCGUCUGUUUUCUCCUAUCACAGCCAUUAAACUCUGUAACUGUUUUAAAGUCACUAUUGGCCUCAUGGUGAAAUCCCUGAGUGGUUUCCUUCCUCUCAAGCAACUGAGUUAGGAAGGACGCCUGUAUCUUUGUAGUGACUGGGUGUAUUGAUACACCAUCCAAAGUGUAAUGCAUAUCUUCACUAUGCUCAAAUGGAUAUUCAGUGUCUGCUUUUGUUUAUUUUUUACCCAUCUACCAAUAGGUGCCCUUUUUUUCCAGGAAUUGGAAAACCUCCCUGGUCUUUGUGGUUAAAUCUGUGUUUGAAAUUCACUGCUCGACUGAGGGACCUUACAGAUAAUUGUAAAUGUGGGGUACAGAGACUAACGAGGUAGUUAUUAAAAACUCAUGUUAAAUACUACUGGUGCGCAGGUCAGCUGAAUUAUUUUUUGACAGCGGGUGCAGGAUUUUUUUUGCAUGAUUAAGAUAUGUUUCUGCUUAUAAUUUUGGACAUUUUGGUAGGCUAUUUGUUAGUCAACUUGUCUAUAAUUAGAUACAUGCAGCUUCUCUUCUGUCAUUAUAUGCUGCCGUAGAAGACUAAAUAAACCCUUGCACACCAAUCCAUUUUAAAUUCAGGCUGCAUCACAACAAAAUGUGGAAAAGUCAAGGGCUGUGAAUAUUUUCUGAAGGCACUGCCGGGGAUAUAAUCUGUUUAUAAUGUUAGAUCCAGAACUAAUCUUGUAAAAACAGGGCCAGGGGCUCUGACGAUAUUGACUCAACAUUCUGCCGGAGACUGUUUCUCACUUAAUGGGUGGGUAUGGAUUAAAUAGUAAUCUCAUGGAUGUCUUUGGCAAUCAACUCCUGAAUCCCUAAAGCAGUGAACUCUCACUUCUCCAAACAGGUCACUAAAUAAAAUUUUGUUUGGCAAUCGCUUGUCAUCUCAGGAGGCAUGCAAGGCGUGUAGUGUAACAUUUCCAUACUAAAUGCCAAUACAGUAUAAUCCGUGGUCCGGGCGUCUGUAUGAUCCCAACCUUUAAUUUCCUUGCCUAAAGCAAGAAAUCCACUAUUAAAACAGUUUCCUGAUCAAGAGAUGAUUUUCCUUGAGCUAUUUGUGUCAGUCAAAGCUACUUACGUAAAUCACUCAACACCUGUAUGAUCAGACUCUCUGUUGGGGGAUCUUCACUGAAACUUGUUUAUAAAGAGCUAAAGAGGACCGUUUGGGUGUACAAGGACAAUCUGUUUUCAUUCAAGUGAUAAAAAGUCAAACCCCAACCCAAUUAUCGGAAGCUGCGCUCCUGGCUUGCCCCAGCAGACGCCUGAAUGCACUGCAUGAACUUGCAGGGAAUGUGCAGGGUACAAUGCGGUUUGCCACUGAUUCAUUGGAGUGCUUUAAACCCAAAUCCACAUGGCAUUUGGGAUUCUCCACCACUUGAGUUUCAUAGUACGUUUAUUAAACUAUUGUCCUUUACAGGGUGUAAAAGUUUGAUACAAUUUACAAAAUAAAAUAUAAAGCUGGAAGAAAUAUAUUAGGGUUAGAUGUGGGAAACAUAAGAAUGUAGCUAUGUGUAGACAGUGUCACUAUCAGCAAAAAAAUCCCCUGUGUCUAUAGUGCACAUACAGUGGCAACCUAAUCUAGACUUCAUCUGGGCUAUCAGACUGUAAUAAUACGUCUGACUGACAUCAAAUGAAUAACCAGUGAUGAUCAGUGUCUUUCUGAGGACUGGAUAAAAGGCUGUCUGUUGCCAGGUGUAGCCCAGUAGCAGUGAGAUGGACUAUAGACGGUGAGAUGGCUGGAGGACACUCAAUAAGUGGAUUGUUUUAUAGACUGUUGGUCCUUGUGAGAAGCAUAUCAUAGGAUUGAUGUGUCAAGAUAAUAACAGCAUUAGCAGUGCCAAAUGAGCUACUGUACAUGCUGUACUUCAGAAACUAAUAAAAAUGGAGUGACCACAAUCUCACAAUUCUGUACCGUAUGUCCUCAUAAAAGUUUCAUUAGAAUGUAUUAUCUUGAUAUAAUGCUUUAUUCAUGUUUUUUCCCUUUCUCCCAGCAUACUCAGACUCCACCUCCAUCCCUGGGCCUGGUCCAGAGGAGGGCCCCGUGAAGCUGCUUGACCACAGGCCCCAUGGGCGGGAGAAGCGUUGUUCCUGUGAGAACCUGAAAGAUAAAGAAUGUGUGUACUUCUGCCACAUCGGCAUCGUCUGGGUCAACACUCCUGGGUGAGUCCAUCAAGACGCUCACACAUGAACAUCACACAGCACAACUGGAAUUCACCCCCUCAUGAACAUACCAUAGCUAGAAAGAUCUUGAAGAAAGAGCUCUUGGUGUUGUGAAAACAGAGAAGUUCAUCUAUACAUAAUUUUGUUGGAUUGAAAAGGUGGAGAUGAAUAACAUUUUAAUGAUCCAUUCUCAUGCUGUAUCAUAUUUUCGUAUUGAACCAUGGUAUGUUCUGACAGUGCAAUGAGAAGCCACAGGUUUUUUUUGUGAUUCAUUAUCACAUCAGGGUGUAAGGAGUUGGAUGAUUUGUGGUACUCCAUAAAUCUCAAAACCACAAAGUGUCAAGGAUUUAAUUUAAAAUAAGAGACAGCUACUGUUUAUCAUCAACUCUUUCCUGCUGAAGCUUCUUGUGUAACACAAAUAAAGAUAAUAUCUACUCACAUUUUUCAAAAACAAGUAGUGUAACUCUUCAACAUUUACUACAGUCGACCUACAAUAAGAUGGAUCUGAACAUACUUCCUGACCCAAAUAUCCCACAUCCAAUUAGUUGGAGGAGUGGUUAGGGCAUCUGUCCUCUUGUUAAUUCCUUGUUUCUUCAAAAGAGCUUUCAUAUGUGUUCUGGAAGUACCAGGUUUCUAUAAGUUUGCCACUAUGCUGUACUUCCCCAUGGUUAGCCAAAGACAGCUACUAAAGGCUAAGGCGUAUUCAUUUUAGGUCCUGUGCUAUGUUUAAACAUAGAAUCACAGUAGUAGUAUGCAAUUACGUGAUCCUUUGUUGUUGCCAUUAUCAUAUCAUUGGUAAUACCACACGUCCUCCUACCAAACAUUAUAUAGAAAAAAGGAUGGAUAUCGGCAGUUAGGAACUGAUAUUGCAUUUCAUAUUAAUGUUCACAAAUGACCAUUCAUUUCCAAAAAUUAGCAUUGGGUUUUAUGAGACUCAUAUGUGAUUUCUAUUCAAUUCUGUUGACUCAAGCUGUCUACUUCCAACGCCAACUCUAGCAACUACGACAGGUCACAGUUCAUAAAGAGUAGAGGACACUUACUGGCAGCUAAAGAGACAGGCUUUCACCGUCCAAAAAACUGAGGUUUAACUACAACAGAGAGAAAGAGAUGACGGAUGAGAAAUGAAAGGGUCACCUUUCAACAGCUGCCAAAAACACAGUAUGAAAUGCAGAUGUGUUGGUGUUUAAAAAGCAGGCUGCUCCGACACACACAGACAUACAGACAGACAGACAGAUGGGUGCAUGUGUGUGAGCGUGUGCGUCAGCGUGCGUGUGUGUGCAUGUGUGUGAUAGUGUGUGGAGAACACAGGGGGGAAGGUGACCCUGUUUGAUGGGGAUGCUUUGAGCCGUGCAUGGCAUCUGGAAUCAGUUGACUGUGUGCAUGGUCUUGUUAACAUGUCCCAGGCAUGACAUGAGCAUCGAGCCAUCAUGGCGGGCAGGCAGACUUGCUCUGGUUGGCGUCAGGUUUGGGUUAAUUCCCAGAGCAAUGAAAGAGCAGCUUUAGGAGAUAUAAAUGUGUUAUUACAGACUACAGUCCUCUCUGUGUCCUGUUAGGUUUAGUACAUUAUACCCUCGAGACUCACUAGACACCAGUGUUUGCCCAGCUUUUCAGGGCCAUGCAGUUGUAUGUAUGGUAUCGUCUUAAUUGGUUCUGUAAAAGCAUUUUGUGAGUGCCAAUAGAGAUAGGAUAUUGAGCUAUUAUGAGCGUUUGAAGAUUAAAUUCCAGACAUCCUGUGCUGUGAUAAAAUAAAACAAAACACAAAGUUCCCUUUGUAGGUUAAGAAACACGUCCAUUCAAUUCAAAGAUGUUGUUUAUCAUUCCAUGUACAAAAUUUGCUCAUCAAUCCCUUGACUCUGUCUCUAGUCAGAUAGUGCCAUAUGGAGUGGGCUCUUUCCCUGUUCGACUGAGGAGAGAGGUGGGACGAUGCUUCUGUGCGGAGAAAAAUGACUUUGAGUGCCUUCACUUCUGCUCUGCCUUGCAUACACUCAAAGAGUAAGUGUUCUUGAAUCACACUUCAAGUGUGUUAAUAUCAUUGCUAUGCCAUAUCAAAUGUUGGGAGGAAAGAAGUUUAAAGUGUCAUUUUUUUCCUCAUUUCCAUAGAGGUGAAAAUGUUUUGGUCAAGAGGAAGUUUGCGACAAAGUUUAAGAAGAGAUAUAAGGCUGGAAUCUCGAAUAUAAGGAACCAACAAACACUAAUUCAAGAAAGC